AUGGAACUAAUGAAUGGGAAUCUAUUCAAGUUAGUUCAUUUGUCGAAUGGAGCGUCUCCGCAAGAUCCACAGUUAAAAGCAGCGAUUGAUAAACUCUAUUACAAUAAAGGAAUGCAUCAAACGUGUAACGCGUUACUACCGGAGCGAAAAUUGGACUUUUCAGAAGUUAAUUUACUGUUGAAACAGUCGCCUGAAGAACUUGAUAAAACACCAGAUGUUCUGAUAAAAGAAAUUCUUGAAGCGAGAAAAGUGAUUCAAAAGAAGAUAGAAUCACUUCUAGAUAAUAUCAACGCAAGUGCUGAUAAAGGGGAAGUACCUAAGCUAGUAAUUCGGAAUCAGAAAUUGUGGAGCAACUGUAUAUAUGAUCUAGAUAGGGUAACCCUCAAAAACGUAGGAAACGCAAAGACAACGACAAUAAGAUAUUCAAAUGCAACGGACAAAUCAAGAUUCAAUACUAUUGUGUUUGUUCUAUCAAGAGUGCAUGAGCUGCUUGCGAAGAGUUUGACAGUCACACGAAGAGAAUUGUACUAUCAGAACCUGGCAAGAUUUCGUAAUCAAGGCGAAGUAGAUAUUGGUGUCAGAGACGUCUGUUGUCUCCUUGAAACUCCACCAUGGGACCUGGGAAUCGUGGCCACUGCGAAGGGACUUAUUGCUGGACCCUUACAGAUUGUUAACCGGGAUGGAACUGUUGUGGAUUGUAUGACAAAUGGAGGGACUCUUAUACCACAAGACAUAAUUGGUAUCAGAGAACUCAAGUCAUCGGCAAAGUUUAUACUGGUAGUAGAGAAGGACGCGGUCUUCCAAAAGCUUCUGGAUGAAGGAGCUUUGACUAGAUUACAUCCGGUUAUCAUUAUAACGGGAAAAGGUUACCCUGACGUUUGCACCCGGCAACUGCUAUGCCGCUUAGUGUCUGAACUCAAUUUAAAGCCUCUAGCUCUUGUUGACGCUGAUCCUCAUGGCUACGAAAUAUUCCUCACCUAUAAAUAUGGCUCAUUGGCACAAUCUCAUCUAUCGUCUUCUUUAGCGUGUCCAAAAUUAGUGUUGCUUGGAGCUCGGAUUCAAGAUGUAAUGACUUUAGCACCGAAGACAUCUAGAUUAGCACUGAACAGCCUUGAUAGACGUAAAUUAACAAAUUUAUUAAAAAGGCCGUAUCUUGACACAAAUAUAGGUGCCCUUAUCAAAGAGGAACUACUUCGAAUGUUAAACGGUGGAAUAAAAGCGGAAAUAGAGUCCCUUGCUUCAUCAGCUUCAGCGCUUUGUGAUAGCUAUCUACCCUCCAAAAUAAUACAAGGCGAGUACCUUGGUUAA